AUGAGAGACAUAGAUUCCAAGAGGUUGCACGGCAGUGUCUGGGUGAGAGACAUAGAUUCCAAGAGGUUGCACGGCAGUGUUUGGGUGAGAGACAUAGAUUCCAAGAGGUUGCACGGCAGUGUCGGGAUGAGAUACAUAGUUUCCAAGAGGUUGCACGGCAGUGUUGGGAUGAGAGACAUAGAUUCCGAGAGGGUGCACGGCAGUGUCUGGGUGAGAGACAUAGAUUCCAAGAGGUUGCACGGCAGUGUCGGGAUGAGAUCCAUAGAUUCCAAGAGGUUGCACGGCAGUGUCGGGGUGAGAUACAUAGAUUCCAAGAGGUUGCACGGCAGUGUCUGGAGCACGUCCUUUAGAGACGUGGACGUCGGCGUCAAAAGGCCACCCAUUACCGGCCCGAACUGGGCCAACGAUGCAAGCAGACAACCCCCACAACCCCCAUCUGUCCUGGAUUCACAUCCCAGCAACCACCACAACCCCCAUCUGUCCUGGAUUCACAUCCCAGCAACCACCACAACCCCCAUCUGUCCUGGAUUCACAUCCCGGCAACCCCCACAACCCCCAUCUGUACUUGAUUCACAUCCCGGCAACCCCUACAACCCCAAUCUGUACCAGAUUCACAUCCCAGCAACCCCCACAGCCCCCAUCUGUCCUGGAUUCACAUCCCGGCAACCCCCACAGCCCCAGUCUGUACCAGAUUCACAUCCCGGCAACCCUAACAACCCCCAUCUGUCCUGGAUUCACAUCCCGGCAACCCCUACAACCCCAAUCUGUACCAGAUUCACAUCCCGGCAACCCCCACAGCCCCAGUCUGUACCAGAUUCACAUCCCAGCAACCCCUACAACCCCAAUCUGUACCAGAUUCACAUCCCAGCAACCCCCACAACCCCCAUCUGUCCUGGAUUCACAUCCCGGCAACCCCCACAGCCCCAGUCUGUACCAGAUUCACAUCCCGGCAACCCUAACAACCCCCAUCUGUCCUGGAUUCACAUCCCGGCAACCCCUACAACCCCCAUCUGUACCAGAUUCACAUCCCGGCAACCCCCACAACCCCCAUCUGUCCUGGAUUCACAUCCCGGCAACCCCCACAACCCCAAUCUGUCCUGGAUUCACAUCCCGGCAACCCCCAUAUGUACUAGAUUCGCAUCACGGCAACCCCCAUCUGUACUGGAUUCACAUCACGGCAACCCCUACAACUCCCAUUAUUCACACGUGUACUUCUCUGCACAGAUUCAAGAACGCAUGCAUGGUAUUAGGCGACAAGACACUCUGAAUCGUAUCCUUUACACAUUCUUCCAGGAAGUGUCAGCAUAA